AUGGCAGGCACGGAGCCUGAAGGUGACCGCCAGCGGUGGCAAGAAGAUCCAAACCAAGACCCCCUGGGCCCCAGCGGUGACUACAAGUUCAAGGUGGACCCCUCCGGCUCUCCUUCCAAGGGCAAGGGUGCUUUCAUCUUCGCCAAGAAGUACGGUGCUAACGUCGAUGGCUACAGCCCCAUCUACACCCCAGAGGAGUGGUCCGCUAAGGGUGACACCUAUGAGGGUGGCAAGGCUGGUCUUCUCCUGUGGUUCCUCACCUUCGGCGGCCUUCUCGCCAUCGGUGCGCUCCUCAUCGUCAACACGAGCGCUCUUGCCUAA